AGAUCCGACCGAAGAAUCGAACGGUCACGCGAUGGCCGACACGUUGGAGAUCGACGACGAUGGCUAUUCAGACGAAGAUUUUGACGAGGAAAGUUUGCAAGACGAUGCAGAUGUGAAGCCACUGAAGUCACCAACGACGAAAACUGUGCCACUCGAGACGAAAGGAAAGCCGACGCACAAGGGGGGGUCGCCUCCGCGACGAAACGAAGACUCGGGCAAACUUGCCGUGCUCACAUCGCCUCGAGAUUUCUCGAAUGAAAGUAUGGCCAUGCCCAAAGUCAAGCAAUGUUUCAUCAACAGCCCACAUUUCCCACAAGUCGUGUCGAAGUCGUCGUCGCCAACAACGCCGUCCAAAAAAUUGCCCCCGCCGCCCGAAAAGUACAACGCACUGCACGGUGGUCCCAUCGAUCCAAGUUCGCGAGUGUUUUUGCCCGUGAAGGGCGAGACCAAGCAUCUGCCUGUGCCUGAAAAGAGAGACAAAACAGCAGACAAGAAGCUCAAGCAAGUGCCUAAGGCGUUGAGUCAUUUGGCGUUAUCUGACGCAAGGUUACCAACGGAUGAAGGGAAGGCGCACGUACCGCACAAAGUAAAGAGCGUGCAAAGCUUGGCGCAUGAAAUAAGGCGCUUGCGGUCUCGAACGCAAAAUAUCGUGGAUGGUGGUGACGACGAUUCGAAAGGCACGCUUCAUGUAUCGGCAAAGGAGCGCCCUGCAACGCCCCCAACGUCGUCGCCGUCGAAGCGCGGCAUAAGCCGCCCCAAUUUCAAUUUACACUUGGACAUGUCCCCCAAGCCCAAGGUGCUCGAACUGCAACUCCCCGACAGCCCCAAGCUAUCCGGGAGCCCUGGGAAGAAGAAGGGCAUCCAACGCAAUAACUUUGCGUUGGGAGCGUUGAAUUUCGAGCUCGAUCUGGAUUUGGAAGAUUCGAUUCAUGACAAAUCAUACGACUUGUCUGCAUCUGGCACAUUCGACGCCGAGUCGUUCCAAAUCAAACAAACAGGCAUCACACGGUCCCCGGGGCGUUCACCCACGCAACCCCACGACAUGAAAAAGCACUUGAUCAAGCUUGGAGUGCUUGGAAAAGGGGCCAGUGGGGUCGUCCACAAAGCACUGCACGUGCCGUCGCUGCUUCUUGUGGCCGUCAAAGUCAUUCCUGUGUUUGAAAACGAUAAGCGCCACCAACUGAUCGCGGAAAUGAAGACGCUGUACAACAACUUGGCAUCGCUCUCAGAUGAUGCGGAAAGACGCAAAGUUGCAUGUCCUGAAAUUGUGUGCUUGUACGAUGCAUUUAUGAACCCGAACGAGGGCAACGUGUCGAUUGUGGUCGAGUAUAUGGACGGGGGCAGCCUCCAAGAUAUCGUGGACACGGGAGGGUGCACGUCGGAGCCCGUCUUGGCCAACAUUUCGUAUCGUGUGUUGAAGGGCCUUCGGUAUCUCCAUGAAAUCCAUCAACUCCAUCGAGACAUCAAGCCAAGCAAUCUCUUGAUCAAUCAUUUUGGGGACGUCAAGGUGUCCGACUUUGGCAUUGCCAAGGAAAUGGAGAAUUCGAUUGCCAAGGCCAUCACGUUUGUCGGAACGCUGACGUACAUGUCCCCCGAGCGCAUUGCGAGCGAGGAAAGGCUUUUCCGUUCGUCCAAACGUCGUCAUGCAAGGGGUUUCUUCCAGGCGUACUCGUACAAGUCGGACGUGUGGUCGUUUGGUUUGUCCAUCAUGACCUGUGCGCUGGGCCACUACCCCUAUACGUCCAAGGGAGGGUACUGGGAGCUGUUGCAUAGCAUCCGCAACGAGCCUCCUCCAAAGCUGCCCCCUGGGACGGACUUUUCACCGGAAUUUCAAGACUUUCUCGCCAAAUGCUUGAUCAAGGAUCAAACGGAGCGGUGGAGUGUCAAGGACCUCCUGGAACACGACUUUCUCCGAGAGUGCCGUCGGGAGAAUUCGUUUGAGUGCGGCAACGGCGGGUCGUCCAAGUCGCUCGAUGAAGACGAUGCGGAAAUGGAUGGCAUCGAGCUCGACGUGAUUGUUCCCAAAGUCAUGGAUUAUUACCUCAAGAGUGCCAAAGAUCUCGUGCUCGAACACGACUACAACUACGACGACAUUGUCGCAUGGCUCAAGCUGCUGCCACCCAUGCAGCAUAGCAAACUGAACCGAUUUGCGGACCAAAUCGGCAUGCCUCGGCACAACGUGUACAAGAAAUUCGAGCAUGCGAUGAAUAUUUUGGCAAGCACCAUCAAAGACGUAUGCUUUGACGACGAGAAAUCUUAACUUGCGUUAACAUCGCUGUCGCAAUGCAGCGCGCGAACAUCCUGGGAAAUGACAAACAUGCUGCGAA